UUCUCACUUUUCAGAGACACAACUAACAGCUGACAUCCUCGAUACCCGGUAGUAGAGUGUGGGACAUAGAUACAAUGACAUCAACAACGACAAACUUCCUCCCUCUGAUCACAUCGUUACAGUCCGAUCUUAUCAGUGCAACGUCUAAGAUCGCCACCAUCACUGACAAGGUGCCGUUCAUAGCGCAGUCAAGAUCCAUAGACUACAUAUCAGCUUCUUUAGCUCUUGCGCUCAAUGAGGAGUUGGCUGCGACUGCCACGGCCAGCUCAGUGGUGGAAUCAGCAACGGCAGCUGCUUCUGCUGCGGAGUCCAUGCUGAGCUCGUACUACUUGGCUGAUAACUUGUACGGCAUGACGCCGUCCAAUGGUGGUAACAUGGCGAUGGCCAUUGUGAUGGGAAUAUUCAUGGGCUCGCAGAUACUUCUCGGUGCGUGGUUCAGAACCUGGUGGUUUGGUAUCUCCUACUUCUGCGGUACUUUCCUUGAGAUGCUUGGUUACAUUGGUCGUACGCUGUCAAGUACGGAUCCGCAAGAGCUGAACCCGUUCCUUAUACAGAUCAUUUGCUUGACCAUUGCACCUUGUUUCAUCAUGGCCGGUAUUUACUAUCUGCUGGGACAACUCAUCCAGAUAUACGGGAAACAGUACGCGCUACUGAAGCCGUUAUGGUACACGUAUAUCUUUGUCACUUGUGACGUGAUAUCUCUGGUCAUCCAAGCGGCCGGUGGUGGUAUUGCAGCAGUGUCGUUGACUCAGUACGAAUCUGCUGAUACUGGUACGCACAUUAUGGUUGGUGGUUUGGCAUUCCAAGUGUUUUCCAUGUCUAUCUUCCUGUACUUCUUCCUGGACUUCAUCUGGAAGAUCAGGUACAUGAGAAAGGGCUACUAUGACAUGGAGUUCGAGCCUAAGUACGCACAUGUUCGUGAACGUAAGAUCUUCAAGUACUUCCCUGUUAUUAUAUUCCUGGGUGUCAUCUUUGUCUACGUCCGUUCUAUCUAUAGAGUUAUCGAGCUUGCAGAGGGUUGGACGGGCUUUUUGAUUGUUCACGAGGUUUACUUUAUGAUUCUUGAUGCGCUGAUGAUGGCUCUAACGUGUGUGAUGUUCGUUCCAUUCCAUCCAGGAUUCGUCCUGGGUAAAGGUUCUAUUCCUGUGGAGGGAACAAGGGCAUAUUCGAAGAUGAUCAAGAAGGAAGCUGGCUAUGAUCUCAGCUCACUGAAAGAGGUAUCGAACGAAGUUGAGAUAAACAGAGAUGACCUUCAAGAGUCGAACAGCUCACCUUCUCGCUCGCAUUACCGUUUCAGUAACCCAUUUGCCGCAUAGGAGUCCAGACCUUGUAUAAUAUUCUACGCAUCAAUCAACGUUGGCUU